AUGAAUAGAGUACUUUCAAGAUUUCUAUGGCAAUUUGCCCUAGUAUAUAUUGAUGACAUAGUGAUCUACAGUGUUGAGUUUGAGGACCAUUGCAAUCACUUAGGUCAAGUCUUAGGAGCUAUUGAAGAAGCUGAAAUCACCCUAUCUCCAAAGAAGUGCCAUAUUGGAUACCAAUCACUACUAUUGCUAGGACAGAAGGUAUCAAGAUUAGGUCUAUCAACCCAUAAGGAAAAAUUUGAUGCUAUCUUAGAGUUGGAACCCCCUAAAAAUGUUCCUACUUUACAGACUUUCCUAGGGAUGAUGACUUAUUUCUCUAGCUAUAUUCCCUUCUACUCAUGGAUUGUAGCACCUUUGUUUAAACUUCUCAAGAAAGGAACAACUUGGUCUUGGGAGGAAAAGGAACAACAAGCAUUUGAACUUGCUAAAGAUGCCCUUGCAUCUGCCCCAGUAAUGGCCUAUCCUAUUAUUGGAAAACCUUAUAGAUUAGAUACAGAUGCAUGCAACUAUGGCCUUGGAGGAAUAUUACAGCAAGUCCAAUCCAUCAAGAUAAAUGAUUUAAAAGGGACAAAGGCAUACAAGUACUUAAGGAGGGAAUAUGACAAAGGAAACCCAGUCCCCAGAAUGACAAUUCCUGCUUCCAAGCAGAGAGACAACAUGACUGGGAGGGAUACAUGGGAUAAGCAUGACUUUGAAGAAACAACUGUACAAGCAGAGCAAGUCAUUGCUUAUUGGUCAAGGAUUCUAAAAGAAGCAGAGAGAAACUACUCCCCAACAGAGCACAAAGAUUUAGCCCUCAAGGAAGCACUUGUGAAAUUUCAGGUAUACUUGGAAGGAGCUGAAUUUGUUGCUAUCACAGAUCAUGCUGCUCUCACUUGGGGCAAGCCUUACAACAAUGUCAACAGAAGACUGAUGACUUGGGGCCUAGUAUUCUCAGCCUACUCAGGAAUGCAGAUUGUGCACCACGCAGGAAGAGUACAUGAUAAUGCAGAUCCUAUCUCAAUGUCAUGA